UAUUUUCCCUUUUUCCCCUUUAAUUUUUUUUUUCUUUCUUAACAAGAAAAUCUGCUGGGUCCCUGGCAGCCGCCGCUGCCCCUUUGAUGUUUUGGUACGCCGUGCGCAUGCGCCUCCCAUUAGAAUUACCGCACUGGGCAGACUAAGUUGGAUCUCCUCUCUUCGGCGAAACCUCAAUCCCGGCAAAAACUAAAGGGAUGUGGAGAGUCCGGGAAAGGGGCUACUUUGGGAUUUGGUCAUUCCCCUUAAUAAUCGCCGCUGUCUGUGCGCAGAGUGCCAAUGACCCUAGUAAUAUGUCGCUGGUUAAAGAGACGGUGGAUAGACUCCUGAAAGGCUAUGAUAUUCGUCUGAGACCAGAUUUUGGAGGUCCCCCUGUGGCUGUGGGAAUGAACAUUGACAUCGCCAGCAUUGAUAUGGUUUCCGAAGUGAAUAUGGAUUAUACCUUGACAAUGUACUUUCAGCAAGCCUGGAGAGAUAAGAGGCUGUCCUAUAAUGUAAUACCUUUAAACUUGACUUUGGACAAUAGAGUGGCAGACCAGCUCUGGGUGCCUGACACCUACUUCCUGAAUGAUAAGAAGUCAUUUGUCCAUGGAGUGACCGUCAAGAAUCGCAUGAUCCGCCUGCAUCCAGACGGGACCGUCCUUUAUGGCCUCAGAAUUACAACCACAGCUGCCUGCAUGAUGGACCUAAGGCGGUACCCACUGGAUGAACAGAAUUGCACCUUGGAAAUCGAGAGCUAUGGAUAUACAACUGAUGAUAUUGAGUUUUAUUGGCGUGGGGAUGAUAAUGCAGUAACAGGAGUAACAAAGAUUGAACUUCCACAGUUCUCUAUAGUAGAUUACAAGCUGAUCACCAAGAAGGUUGUUUUCUCCACAGGUUCUUAUCCGAGGUUGUCCCUCAGCUUUAAGCUUAAGAGAAACAUCGGUUACUUUAUCCUGCAGACCUACAUGCCUUCCAUCCUGAUCACUAUCCUUUCCUGGGUCUCUUUCUGGAUUAAUUAUGAUGCUUCCGCUGCAAGGGUGGCAUUAGGAAUCACAACUGUCCUUACAAUGACCACCAUCAACACCCACCUCCGAGAGACGCUCCCCAAGAUUCCCUAUGUGAAGGCCAUUGACAUGUACCUGAUGGGGUGCUUUGUCUUUGUCUUCAUGGCCCUUCUGGAAUAUGCUUUGGUCAACUACAUCUUCUUUGGGAGGGGACCCCAACGCCAAAAAAAAGCAGCUGAGAAGGCUGCAAGUGCCAACAAUGAGAAGAUGCGCCUGGAUGUCAACAAGAUUUUUUAUAAAGAUAUUAAACAAAAUGGGACCCAAUAUCGAUCCUUGUGGGACCCUACUGGAAACCUCUCCCCAACUAGACGGACUACCAAUUACGAUUUCUCUCUGUAUACGAUGGACCCCCAUGAGAACAUCUUGCUGAGCACCCUUGAGAUAAAGAACGAAAUGGCCACGUCGGAGGCUGUGAUGGGACUGGGCGACCCCAGGAGCACCAUGCUGGCCUACGAUGCCUCCAACAUCCAGUACCGGAAAGCCGGCUUGCCCAGGCAUAGUUUUGGCCGAAAUGCCCUGGAACGACAUGUGGCCCAAAAGAAAAGCCGCCUGCGGAGACGUGCCUCCCAGCUGAAAAUCACCAUCCCCGACUUGACUGAUGUGAAUGCCAUCGAUCGGUGGUCCCGCAUUUUCUUCCCCGUGGUUUUCUCCUUCUUCAACAUCGUCUACUGGCUUUAUUACGUGAACUAAAAUCCGAGCCUUCCGCAGGCAGCAAGGACUCGAUUCCUCCUUGAACCAGUUGUACAGCCUGAUGUUGGACUUGGAGAACACAUCAAUCCAGGACAAAAGUGAUGCUAAAAUACCUUAGUUGCUGGUCUAUCCUGUGGUCCAUUCCAUGCCAUUUGGGUUGCUUCUGCUCAGUAAUGGACACCCUGAGGGCCCCGUGGUUUUCCAGUUCAAAUGCAAGUGAUUCAUAGACACGCUGGCGAGAUAGGGUCAGAGUAUGCCACUCUCUGACCCAUGAAUGAGCCGACACAGAGGGGGUUGUUGAAAGAUAAAUUCUUAGAAGGAGCCAUAGCAUUGUGAGUCU